AUGGAUCCCCUUUCCAUCGCUGCAUCGAUUGCAGGAAUUGUCGGGGUCUGCCUGCAAGCCGCUGGUUCGCUAGACGCUCUUCGCAGCAAGUUCCAACAUGCUCAAGUUACCAUCACAGCUCUAGCAUCGCAAUGUCGUGCAAUCAAGACCGGUCUGUCACGUCUACAGAUGGUGACGGUACAGAACCAUGCGAUCCGCAAUCAGGAUGAUAUCAUCCACACUAUGGACACCACACUCACCGGGUGUAUGGUUGUACUAUCGUGCUUUGAUAAUACCCUUGAAAAACUGUGCAAAGCUGGCACAGGCGCGAAGCGGUCAUUGAUAACGAGAUGGCGAAACAAGGCGAGGGUUGUAUGGAAUGAGGAUGAGAUGAAAGGGUAUAUCUCUCUGUUGCAAGGACAGCAGUCUUCCGUGGCAUUCCUGGUUCAGUUGCUCCAAAUGUAA